AUGGCCAGUCAAAAGAUAGACUUGGUCGACAAUUUUUUGCGUGAGGAGAACGCCCCGGAUCGAAAAGAAGGUCGAGGACCUCCUCCCACUCCCGUGGAGAUUGCGAUCGUGGUUUGGGUACUAGGACUGAUAUGGGUAGAAAUCAAACAGCUUUGGGAUUCUGGCUUUCACGACUAUUGUCAUAAUUUGUGGAAUAUUCUGGAUUUUAUCACCAACUCGCUCUAUCUCUCCACAGCUGCUCUUCGGAUAGUUGCUUACUACCAGGUUGACAAAGAGAUGAAAGAUCCACGAAUGCAGCAUAUCGGCCGUUUUCUUCAAAGGAGAGACUGGGAUGCCUGGGAUCCUACUUUAGUCAGUGAAUGUGUUUUUGCCACUGCCAACAUCUUCUCAUCGCUAAAACUCGUCCACAUUUUUACGGUCAAUCCACAUCUAGGCCCUCUGAAGAUUUCAUUGGGUUUGUUGUUUUUCGGCAAUUAG